AUGCUACGAUCUCGCCUUCUCCGGCGUCUUUCAACGUCACAUUUUGAUCUGGCCGCAUGGAAAUUAAAGCUCACACCUACAAAACCAUCUGCCAUACGAAACCUCUUGACUGACUACUCCAAACUUUACCCCUAUGACAAACUUCGAGUCCUUUCAUUGUCAUCUGAGUCGGUCAGACAGUCCUUGGAGUUGCUGACCAUGCUUCAGGAAAAGCAUUCAGGGGAAGAUAUCUUCUAUCAUAUAUCAAAUAAUGUCAACUCCAAAUUGUUCUCCAAUCUUGUUGAAGACUUCUUGUUCCAGCUCAUGGCGGAAGGCAAUCUUAAUGCGGUGGUUGCCUUGGUGCAUAUUGUUUACGAAUGUGACAACGCUCACUACAAACUCUCGAAUCAAUUCUGGUCUAUCCUAUCGUCUGAGGCAUCGAUGAGAGGGCAUCAUGCGGCUGCGUCUUUGGUAUAUCAUGAGAUUGUAAAUCCUUACGCAGCAUAUUCAAACAGGUCAAUGUUCAUUCAGGAAAAUCAUUUAGUGCCAUUCCUUCUUUUGCCUACUGCUAUAGCUCUGUUGGCGACUGUGUUCUCUCACAGCGGGAACUUGGCAGCUGUGGAGGGGCUUCGGAGCUACUUUAAGAGAUACUACUCUUAUUUCGGACACAGAAAAGUCUACGAGACUCUAACUAUUUCCCGCGUGGAGGCGUUAGCUAGAACUGGAGAUCUCACAAAAACUCUAGAUGCAUUUAUUGAUUUGUGUCUUAAGUAUAGAGGUCAUACAAAAUAUAGAGAUCCAAAGGACUCUGCUCGCUCACUUAAAUACUUGAGUCGCAUGGGAUACAAAGAGCGCCAGCGCAAUAUCAUCAACAAUAUUGGCCUUGGAAAUCACAAAUUGGACAAGCUUCAACUCAAUGAAGUCAGAACUCAAAAUAUCACUCCUUUCCAGCCUCAUAUUGAGUAUAACGUUUACCACAAGUCCGGUAAACCACAUUGGACGAUUCUUGAUGGUGUUCCAAGAGUGUCUGACUUGCCUUGUUUCCAUGAGCUUGUCAGAGAUCACACGCAAAGACUAAUUUCGGAGAAGCACUCAGUGGUGGAUCGAUUAUUGACUCUAAUUACUCGUCAUCAUCAUGCUUUGCACAAGUUUGUUGCUGUCAGCCUUUGCGAAUUGGGCCAUGUCGAAGUUGCGUGGGCUGUGAUCAGUAAAUUGCCUGAACUCUACCCACUGCUUCCCAAGAAAGUUCUUUAUUCUGGCCCAGAAGUCUUCACGUGCAUUUUUCGCUCGUUAAAGAGAGCUUAUGAAGGUAAGGCAUCCUCCAGUGAACAGACAUCCAAAGACUUGGACUACAUUUUAGCUCUGAUUUAUGUUGAAUGGCAACAGCUUCAUGGGUUCACGAAUGCUGGCCGCCGAAGCUACUUAGAGGCCCUACUUGCAUCACCAGCCGUGUCCAAGCAAGAUGUCGAGUCGGUUCUUGGAGACUGGAAACAAAAUGGAUUGAAGAGAAUCAAUUUGGAUUCCUCCUCGUGUGAUCGUCUACGUGCUCUCGAUAUUGACGACACCUACAUAACACCCUGUUCCAUCCGUUUAUAA